UGAUAAAGAAUUCUUCAAAAAGUCUCCAGCUCACAUAAAGAUAUUCAACUGGUUUAAAGAAAAUAGGGCAUUGUCAACUAAGCAGUCCCAACUGAAUACUAUCACCAAUAAUAAUCGUGACAGAAAUAUCUCGCCUCCGCCAGUAAAACAAGAGUUUUCACUUUCAAGAAACCGCCAGGCUGCAAUUGUUGAACAUUUUUAUACAUUCAUGAAAAACGAAUUGUAUAAAUUCCUUACUGAGUACAAAAAUAUCGUUCCUACAAAGGCUGUAGAGACUUUUGCCAAAAAGAGAAACUCUCCGAUUAGCUCUGAUUUUAGAGAUGCCGAUCUUUUAAACAUGCUCAAUUUUGUUGUUGAACAUGUUAAUAUUUUUUUAGCAAAUUCAGUUUUCCAUGAUCUAUACAAGACUAACCCUGUAAAGAUCUUCAAGGACUUCAAGGAGAAUGUGCAACAUAAAAUAGCACACGGAAUUUCUAUGAAUGGAGAAAAUUGCUGGAACGAUCUUGCGAUCCAAAAUGUCACUUAUUUAUCUUGUCAUAUUAUUGCCUGUCUUGAAGAGGUAGAUAACAAAAUUGCUCAGAAUUUAAUGGAAAGAGCCAUUACAAAAGAGUCAAGAUCACCAAAAAAAAAGGUCAAUAAUAGCUUUUGUAAAAUAACUGAAUUCUUUCUAGACAUUCUUGAAAAGGUUGAGGAGAUCGAAAAGGAACAGAAGAAGAAAAUUAUGAAAAAAAGCAAGAAAGAGCAAGUUCGCAAAUUUAUUGAGUUUGUGAACAUGAUGUUUGGUAUUAGUUUAAUAGAAGUGAAUGACAAUAUGACAGAUUCAGAACUCAACAGUAAUGGAGAGAGUA